AUGUCGUCCACCAUGGAAGCAGCAGAGGACCGACCGUCCCAACUUAGAAUUUAUUUGGUCGUCUUAGCUGUGAGCACAAUAUACCUCUCGACUGGUAUGGUGACAGGAUGGUCCUCUCCAGUCCUACCUAAACUGACCUUGACGGUACAGGAGCAAGGUCUGGUGACAUCUCUUGCCUUCUUUGAAGCUGCUCCAGGACCAUUCGUCACCACCUUCUGUCUAGACACCAUCGGCAGGAAAGGGACCCUAUUCACCAUAUUGUCAUUUUAUCUGGCUUCUUGGACCAUAUUAUUAAUUUCUCAGAGCGUUUAUGUGAUCUAUAUCGGUAGGCUCUUUGCUGGCCUAGGAAUUAGUGGAUCCAUUAGUGCAGUCCCAGUAUAUAUAUCUGAGGUGGCACUACCUGAAAUCAGAGGGCGCCUUGGAGCAGCCAGUACAAUGAUGAUGUCACUCGGAGGUCUCCUCAUGUACUUGGUUGGACCUUCCGUCAGUUAUACUACCAUAUCAAUCUUUGGCAUGUCCUUAUCACUGCUAUCUUUAGUCAUCUUCUUUGUCCCAGAGUCUCCUUUUCACCACAUCAAUAAAGGAAGAAAAAAGGAAGCAAAAAUAACUCUGCAAAAGUUAAGAGGAUACAGCACGCAGGAAAAGUUGGAAGAAGAAUUGGAGGAAAUUAUAAAAACUAUCACUCAGAAAGAAGAGAAUGCCAUUGGCUGGCUGGAAGGGUUGAAACGCAGAGCAGCUUUAAAGGGAAUUGGACUUGGCAUUUUCUUAAGUUCUAUGACUUAUCUCUCCGGCCUGGUCGUUCAAUGGGCCUACGCUCAGACAAUCUUCACAAGCUUCGAGCUCAGUUUUCCAGCAAGCUACAUUGGUGUUUUAAAUACUUUUUCUAAUAUCUUAUUCUCAUUUAUCCCUGUUUUGUUGGUUAACAAGUGUAUUGGUAUGAAAGGCGGUAUUGUCAUUUCUGCAUUUGGCUGUGGGUUGACAUGUAUAUUCCUGGGUGUUUACUUUUACGUGAUCAAAGCUGGCUAUGAUCUCUACGACUACAGUUACCUAGCUAUUGUUCUUUCUGUUGCCAAUACUGUUUCUCAUUCCUUUGGAUUGGGUUCGUUAGUCUACACAAUGGAAGCAGAGCUGAUGCCUACGUCUGUUAAAGGAAUCGGAAUGGGAAUAGUUGUCUGUUCCGGCUCGCUCAUAGGUUUUGGUGUCUUACAAAUGUUCCCUAUCAUUGCAAGCGCUUAUGGAUAUUCUACUGACUUUUUUGGUUUGGGCAUUAUAAUGCUUGUAUUUGCAACUCUUGGUAUUUUCAUUCUACCUGACACAACAGGGAAAACACUUCAAGAAAUUGAAGAACUUCUUUCAUAG